UCUCGCUCUCCAAACGGUCACAGACACACAGGAAAAGUGCGUCCCCAAUUCCCAAAUCCAAUGCUCCCCCCCCCCCCCCCCCCCCCCCCCGAUUCCCACCGGCUGGUUAGUUGUGUGAAUAUCGAAAUAUAUAUAGACACACACACAGAGGGAGAGAGAAACACAAAGGGCCGUACACUCUGCAUAUGCGCCCCCCAACUGUCGCCGGCAAUCGAUCUUCUUCGGGCUCUUCACGGGCGUUUCGUUCUGCUCCGGCGAGAUUCAAACUCGAACCUUCGCAUUUUUCUCUAUCUACAACCAAUUUUCUCCUCAUUUGUCUAUUCGAAGUAAGUUUCUCUAUCUCUCCUCUCUGCAGUAUUUAUCUAUAUAGCUGUACAUAAAUACGCGUGCGGAAAGGGUUUCAUCGAUGGGCCAUAAGAAGCGGAACGCGGCGCCGCGGGCCAAGGCGUCGCCGGCGGAGGUUUCCGCGGAUGGUGUUAAGAGCUCAGUGGAGAGGGAGCAGAAGGUAAAUUCGAAUUCCGCAAUGGAGGAACAGGAGAAGAGUAAGAUCGAAGGUUCGGUGGUUGAAUCGGGCGCUUCGUCUUACUCGGCGAUCAAGCUCGAAUGCGAGCGAGCUCUGACGGCGCUCCGGCGGGGGAACCACACGAAAGCCCUGAGGCUCAUGAAGGACAUGUUUGUUAAGCACGAGAGCUCGGCUCACGCGGCUUUGAUUCACCGAGUUCAGGGCAGUGUGUGUGUACAGCUUGCUUCGAUUAUUGAUGAUCCCAAUGCGAAGCAGCGGCAUUUCAAGAACGCGAUCGGGUCUGCCAAGCAAGCCGUCUCAUUGUCGCCUAACUCCAUUGAGUUUGCGCAUUUUUACGCGAAAUUGUUGUAUGAGGUGGCCAAUGAGUAUGAAGAGGUGGUGCAGGAGUGUGAGCGUGCGUUGGCGAUUGAAAAUCCGGUUGAUCCCGCAAAAGAGAGCUUGCUGGACGAGAGUCAGCAGAAGAUAUCAACCGCUGAUGCGCGGAUUGGGCACGUGCAGGGUGAGCUUCGAUCAUUAAUUGAGAAAUCAUUAAUUGAGAAAUCAAACAGAGCUUCAAUUUCAACUUGGAUAAAGAGCCUUGAGAGCCUUGGGGGUGGGGUUAGACUGAUUUCUAAGAUUGUCCCGGCGGACCCUAUGGUGCAAGCAAGGCGACCGAAUGAAAUAAAAAAGGCAACUAAGACACCUGAAGAAAGAAGGAAGGAAAUUGAAGUUCGGGUGGCUGCUGCGAGGUUGCUACAGCAGAAGUCUGACUCACCUCAAUCACAAAAUGAUGUCAGUAAGACUCUAGACUCGUCUUCUGGGUCUGGUGCUCAUAGAAUGGGUGAGAGAAGGAAAUCUGGAAACAUGAAGAGGAGUGCAUCCACUGCAGAGAGGAAGGACUGGGUAAGGUCAUACUGGAAUGCCGUGAGCUUGGACAUGAAGAAAGACUUGCUCCGAAUUAAGACUUCAGCAUUGAAGGCACACUUCAGUUCCCGAAAGGAUAAUUUAGCGAAUGAAGUCAUAUCAGAAGCUAUGUCAUUUGCUGAAGCUAAUGGCACAUGGAAAUUCUGGCUAUGCUAUCGCUGCAGUGAGAUAUUUUCUGACUCAGAAUCCCACAUGCAACAUGUUCUGCAAGAGCACAUGAGGAAUCUCCUGCCCGAGAUGCAAUCUAUGUUGCCUCAAAAUGUUGAUAAUGAAUGGAUUGAUAUGCUUCUUAACAGUUCUUGGAAACCAUUAGAUGUCAAUGCUGCAGCUAAAAUGGUUCAGAACAAAUUGAAAGCUCCUGAGUUUCUUGGCGGGUCAUACCCAAAUAAUGAUACAGAGGAAUGUAAAGACUGCCCAACUGAUAAUUGUUGUUCUGAAGAUGCAUUGGACAUGUCCUCUCCAAAAGAGAAAAUUGGGGACGGCCGUAAUGUGGAUUGUGUGGAGUCACUGGAGUGUAAACAUUAUGAUAAAGUCUGUGACAUUAGGUGGAAGGACCUUGAUGGCAAUCAGGGUGGAAAGGCAAAUUUCCCACCUGAAAGCUGGCCUGUGUCGGAUGACAAUGAGCGUGCAAAGGUUCUUGAGAAAAUUCAUAACAUAUUCCAGGUGCUUAUUAAUCAUAAAUACCUUGCUGCAAGUCACCUUAACAAGGUAAUGCAAUACACGGUGGAUGAGCUACAGGGUCUUGCCUCUGGUUCUCAGCUUCUCAACUAUGGUAUUGACCAGACACCGACAUGCAUCUGCUUUUUGGGAGCUUCUGAACUUAGAAAAGUCCUAAAAUACUUGCAGGAGCUAUCUCAUUCUUGUGGCAUAGGUAGAUAUUCUGAGAAGAGUGGUGCCACUGAUGGCACUGGCCGCCAAGUGGCUGAAAUUAUGGAGAAGAUUGUUCUUAAUGAAGAUGCAUCCUGUUUCAUUUUGGAUGAGCUAUUCUUUCCAUGCAAACUACCGUCUCCCAACUCCCAUAAUUCUACUACCAAUGAUGCUGUAGGACCAAUUUCAUCUGAUGUUGGCUAUGGAAAUCAGGUUUUACUUGAUACUGAUGCAUUGUUGUCAUGGAUAUUCAUGGGUCCCACAAGUGGGGAGCAAUUGGUAACUUGGACACGCAUGAAAGAAGAGAAAAAGCAGCAAGGGAUGGAAGUUCUCCAAAUGCUCCAUGAGGACUUGUCCUGUCUACAAAGUAUGUGUCGUGGAAAAUGUGAGCAUUUGAGCUAUAAGAAAGCUGUGCAGGCAGUGGAGGACCUUUGCCUUGAAGAAGGAAAGAAAAGGGAGAAUGGUUCAGAAUUUGUCUGUCAAAGUUUAAGAAAGCGGAAAGAGGACCUUACUGAUGGUGGUAGCAGCAGCUUUGAGUUGGAUGCCAUAUCAAAUAUUCUUAAAGAAGCAGAAAGUCUGAAUGGUAGUCGAUUUCCAUUUGAGGAAUCUUAUGGUGGUGUGACUUCCCGUCUAUGCGAUCUGGAAUCUGGUGAAGAGGAUGAUUGGAGAAUGAAGGACUAUCUGCAUCAAGUGGACUCUUGCAUAGAAGUUGCAAUUCAGAGGCAGAAAGAGCAGUUGGCCACAGAGCUCAGCAAACUUGAUGCCAGAAUGAUGCAGAAUCUCUCUGGAAUGCAGCAGAUGGAAGUUAAGCUUGAGCUUGUAUCAGCCUAUGAUUAUCAAUCAAUACUACUGCCUCUUAUUAAGUCAUUUCUGCGGGCACACUUGGAGGAUCUGGCUGCAAAAGAUGCCACUGAGAAAUCUGAUGCUGUAAGAGAAGCGUUUUUAGCAGAACUUGCACUUGACUCUAAAAAAAGCAGCGGCGGAGGAAUUGAUAAUUCAAAAUAUGCACAUGAGAACACAAAGGAUAAGAGAAAGAAUAAGGAGAAUAGAAAAUCAAAGAAUGCAAAGGCUACUGGUGGUAAUGUUCUUAUGCUUCACCAUGAGAUUGUAGAAUCAGCCUCUUCUCCAGAUGCAUCAAGUGGAGAUCACUUGGAUUCUGAAAUCCUUGUUUCUGUUUGUGCUGCUGAUGCCUUAAAACAAGAGGAAGAGGAAUUUAGACGCAGAAUGGAACUUGAAGAAGAAGAAAGAAAGCUUGAAGAAACUCUGGAGUAUCAGAGACGAAUGGAAAAUGAGGCUAAACUGAAGCACCUUGCUCAACAACAUAAGAAGACAACUAGAACGACAAUGGAGAUGCCAAGUGAUGAUGAUCAAGCAUUACAUGAACAAUUUAAACAUUGCAAACAGGAACGCUUAGCCCAGAAAAGUGAAUUUCCUAAUGGUUUAGAAGGUGUGGUUAAACCAAUUGAUGGAGCUGUGCACAGGAAUAGUAAUUUUCACGGUCACCAUCAUACAAAAGUUAAGCAAGGUAAGCAAUUAUCCUGUAAAGCAUCUGAUUUUGAAGUGACAUGUAGCUUUCACAGCUCUUGGCUCUUGCCACCAUUUAUUUUUGCAGGCUUACCUAAUGGAGGAAUUUCAGAGAUGGUUUUCCAUCGUGGACAGCUAAAAAAGGUAGACAUCAAAAUAAUUCUGCCAAGUUGGUUGGCACAAAGAAUCAAAUUGUGUCAUCUGAGGAGAAGAAUAUUGAAAUUGGAAAAGUUAAAUCUAUGGAUGGUCUUCAUGGUGACAACAAUGUCGAGACAAUCACUUGUAGAGGAGGAUGAUGAAGAAAGAUUCCAAGCUGACCUUAAGAAAGCUGUACAUCAAAGCCUUGUUAAAUUUUCUGUCAUCUAUCAUGUUUACACCAUUCAUACAAAAUUAUUCUUUCAGCUUUGGCAAAUAUCUGUCUUCAAUAGGAUAACAAGAUGCUUGACUGACUGGAGGUUGCAUAAGAUGUCCUCUGAAAUGGAUGACUUUGGCAUUGCAGUUAAUGAAGCCAUACCUGGAAAUGUGGAUAGAGCAGGUCUGUAUGGGACUGGCUUGAAGAAUGAAGUUGGUGAAUACAAUUGUUUUCUGAAUGUCAUUAUACAGUCCUUAUGGCAUGUAAGUCGUUUUCGGGAUGAAUUUUUGGGGAGAUCACUGCCAAAGCAUGUGCAUGUUGGAGAUCCUUGUGUUACCUGUGCACUGUAUGAUAUUUUUACUGCCCUGAGCACGGCAUCAACAGAUUUGCAAAGAGAGACUGUGGCCCCUACUUCUCUCAGGAGUGCUCUGAGUAACUUAUACCCAGACAGUAAUUUUUUUCAGCAGGCUCAGAUGAACGAUGCUUCUGAAGUGUUAGGAGUAAUAUUUGACUGCCUUCAUCGUUCAUUUACAUCUAGUUUCAGUAUUUCUGAUACAGAGUCAGUGGAAAGCAGUUGCACAGGCUCUUGGGAUUGCUUACACUCUGCCUGUAUUGCACAUUCUCUUUUUGGAAUGGACAUUUUUGAAAGGAUGAAUUGCUACAAUUGUGGUUUAGAGUCCAGACGCCUGAAGUACACUUCUUUCUUUCAUAAUAUUAAUGCUAGUGCACUACGAACAAUGAAGGUGAUGUGUGAAGAAAGCUCCUUUGAUGAACUUCUGAACCUUGUGGAGGUGAGUCACCAGCUAGCUUGUGACCCAGAGGCUGGUGGCUGUGGGAAACUUAACUAUAUACAUCAUAAUCUUUCAUCUCCACCACAUGUUUUCAUAACAGUUCUGGGUUGGCAGAAUACUUGUGAAAGCAAAGAGGACAUUACAUCAACAUUGGCAUCCCUAAAUACGGAAAUAGAUGUUGGUGUCCUUUAUCGUGGACUUGAUCUGAAGAACAAACAUUGCUUGGUCUCGGUGGUUUGCUAUUAUGGCCAACAUUAUCAUUGCUUCGCUUAUAGCCAUAACCACGAACAGUGGGUUAUGUAUGAUGACAAAACUGUAAAGGUAAUUGGUGGCUGGGAUGACGUCCUUACCAUGUGUGAGAGAGGACAUUUGCAACCUCAAGUUCUUUUCUUUGAAGCUGUAAAUUAAGUUACAUCUCAAGCUCGUUGCAUUUUUUGGUGCACUUGGAACUUCAAGUUUAAGCUUGGGAUCCUGUUGUUCAGCUGAAUGAUACCGUGCUGCCUGUCCUCCAUACAGUCAUGCAAGUAACUUGCAAUAAUUAUUGAGUAGUCAUUCAAAAGUUUUGAUAGAGAGAUGUGGUAUACAAACCAGGGGCUUUCUUGUAGAGAUUUUUGUAGGAGCAACUGGUUUUCUCAGAAUGGGACAUUUGAAAAAAUUUUGUUUCAGAAUGAAGAUUGAAGAAAAUCAAGUGAUUGAAGGUAUAUUGUAGAUUUUCCAUACUACUAACCUCAAAGUGCUACAUCAGCAAAUACGAGGUUCGUGCCCAUCAAAUUAUCCAGUUUCUUUAAUCUUUCAAAUAAGGUGGUUUGGUUGGAAAGCACAGGCAUAGCAUUCCUAUUCAUGGAAUUUUCUCCGGUUUCUUGGAUUUUCCCAAUAAGGCAGUUUAGUUGAAGGGUAAUGACCUUUCCAUAAAAACACUGGAGCUUGAGCUUGCUGACUAACCAAUGACAAUGAACACCAGUUGCUACCUGGGCCAAACAAGAGUCAGAAAACAGUGAACAGUAGUUCUUUAGAGCGGAAAAUCUGCUAGAUUAUGUUUGCCAUAAAAAGAGGGCUUUGUAUCGAUUGCAAGAUGGCCCUUUGGUCAAGAUACUCUGCUUUAUUUCUUUCCAUUUUUCCCAUUUGCAUAGGUUUCACCAUUGUCAGAACUCCUAGAAUGCGGCAACAGUCAUAAUUGAGAAAUGAAACGAAACUCUUAUUCCUCUUCUUAUGCUUUUAAAA